CAUUUAAUUCAUAAGACAAAAGUGUGUUGAAAGCGAUAUGAUGCGCAGUGCGUUUGUGUGACUAUACUGUUUUUAAUGAGAUUUCAGAAGUCUUUUUCUUUCGCCUGUACUAUAUUCCUUUUUAUCAGCUCCGAAAUUGUGAAAGGUGUAAUAGUGAUCGUUGGUGUUUAAUCAAAUACCUUACUGCGGUAGCUUUGAAAACGUAACGAGUUUUGAAAUCGUUUUAUGACAUAAUAAUUUGGAAUUGAAGUAUCGACGACCUCCAUACGAAGUAGAGUGGACCGGGCCAACCCCGAAAAAAAUCCGGGAAAAAUCGGGAAACCUGGUUAGAGUGGACACCCUCUCAUCAUCUUCUGUGAAAAGCAACGAUUUGCAAAACGGAAAAAAACUUAUUUUCUGCCAUUAUUUCAUUAUAGAUUUACGCUGCCUCUAUUAGACUGCCUCUAACAUCAACGUCAACGAUUUCUGAAAGAGUGAAUACGCCAAUAUGAAGAGUCACAACAAUGUUGCAUCACGCUUAUGCGAUGAAAACUCGCAAUUAGAUAGUGAUGCUAGUAAUAACAGUAGUAGUGGAAAUAUUCAUGACAACGUAAUCAGUAUAAGUCACGCUGAGGCCGAUCACCAAAUGCCUUCAAUAACGGAAGUUGCUGGUAAAGAUCAUUUAGGAGGGAACAACAACGAUCAACCUGCAAGUCUCGAUCUUACUAUCAACGCUCCUGUUCAACCGUUUUUAAGUUUUCGUAUGUCCCGUGCGUUUGCUUCAUUUGAUGGUAUUGGUGUGCACAGUGGUGUGCCGACACGUACUACUCCAACAUUGACACCCACCACCUUAAAAAACAUUGAACAAACGUUCAUAGAAGCAACGAAUGCCACACAAAUUAAUUUACCAUACCAAGCAGGAUUCGUGCCACCUUCUUACCCAAUGGAGGAUCAUAGCCAGGAUGGCGGCGUAAGUCAGGAAUCACUCAGCUCAACCUCCAACGGCUCGUGGCACGUAUCUGGAUCACAUGGCUAUACCGGUGAUGAUUUGGACUCAAAAUCUUCUGCAUCAAUGGACCAACCAUCUUUUGAAACUCGAGCCUCCCGAUCUACUUUUGCAACGAGUAAUUCAGAUGAUAAUGUGAAAUUGGAGACGGGGCUUUCGGAAGCAGUGAAUUCAUUCGCAAUCGGGAUUACAACUAGGAGGACCUCGGGCCCUUCUGUACGAAAUGGUAGCGGAGGACGACGAAAUGUUGGUGGUCGACGUCCACACAAGCCCUCAAAUCUCACUCCAGAAGAAGAGGAAAAACGACGGAUUAGACGAGAGCGAAAUAAACAAGCAGCAGCCAGGUGUCGUAGGCGUCGCGAGGAUCACACAAACGAACUUGUUGACGAAACGGAUCAACUAGAGAAAAAGCGCCAAUCAUUAGCUCAGGAAAUCCAACAACUACAACAAGAGAAGGAUGAUCUUGAGUUUUUGCUUGAAUCGCAUCGUGCGCACUGUCGCCUACAGGCUCGCCAUAGUCCCAUCGACUUAAAACCAACUGAACUCGAGAACAUUGCAACCUUUGUAUUGCCAAAAAUUAAAACCGAACCGGAUGAAGAAUUUAUUCUUCAGCGGCAAAAUCUACGCGCAACGCAGAUGCAGGAUCACCUCGACAACAAUGCUUCUGAGCACAACACAGUUUCUAAAAAACUAAAAAUUUCAAAUACACACACCGAGAGUCUUGAGACGCCGACACCGACUAGCAGUGGCUUCAUUCCCCUCGCAGGCGUUGGUUUCGCUGCUACCAAACCAUCAACUGAAGCAAGUGGUAGUCGCCCGACACGUCCAGAUAGCUUAGAUGUAAAGUCAGCUGCACAAUAUCCAUUAAUCGCUAGAAUUGACGCUGGAGGACCGGUUGGAAUGUCGACACCAUCGAGUGGACUGUUUAACUUCGAUAGUCUGAUGGAGGGUGGUACGGGAUUAACACCGAUAGCAGCCCCGAUCAGUUUUCCAUCUAAUCGAAAUCCCUUGGAGCUUAUAACACCAACCAGUACAGAACCAUCGAAACUAUGUAGUCUAUAGUGCAAUAUAAGCCGGCAUCUCGAAAGAAAUGGUUAAAAAUUAACAGUCGUUAAAAUUGCUGGACAUUGGCAUCGCGAACGCAUCGAGUUCAUUUGUUAAUUUUAAGGACUAGUCCUAGACCCUAGACCUUCGUUAAACGAAUGAUCGUUAAGAGUGUAUGUCAACGAUCGGCAAACCGUUGUGGUUGAGGGCCAAAUUUAUUAAAUCAUCGUAAGCUGUUGAUCAGGAGAAUACAGGAUUUUUGCAACGAUAUUAUGACAUUAUAACAUUUUUAAAACAAAAUAAUUCAUAUUCAAACGAUCAAAACAACAAAGCAAGAGAAAUGUCGCUUCUUGAUGAAUCGUUCCUCAUAUAAAUCAAAAUAAUUAGGGAUAUUCUGGGGAUGGUACAAGAGCCUUUACGGCUGAAAAAUUAUCGAGGCUAACGUACUCGACAAAUUCACCAACAUUUCACCAAGCACCAAAAACUUCGUAAUGCUUUACGAACAAAUAAUGCCAUGU